UGACACCUCAGGUGCGCCGCCUCUAGCCCCGCCCACCGCACACAACAAAGCAGCAACACUAGCCUACCCAUCGAGUUAAAUGAAGCGACCGACCUAGACUCGUGGCAGAUUUGGAUUUGUCCACAAUGGAAGAGGUGUUUUUUAAAUCAGCGUUACCUGCGCAGGACUCGUUCGUGCUGCAUGACACCAGUCUGGCUCUGCCGGCCGAGCCGACUCUAAGAUCCCCCAUGGGAGUGAAUUCAAACGGCCGGAGUCUGCGUGUUAGCCAGCAGGUUCAGCUCACACUGGCACGCAAGGGAAGAAAGUCUGUGUCCAAUGGUAGUGUCCAAUUACAGAAAACCACUGCAAAAAACUUUGAUGCUACAGAUGGACUUUUACCAAACAUGAAGGUAAAAGGAUUGGGCCUCGCCAACCGCUCUCUCUCAAGUAACCAUGUGCUGAGACCAUUCAGGAGGGUGGAAGUGUCUCCACCACAGAGCCCAGAGUUACCUCGCAGCCGCUUCAAUUAUAGUACCCCCCGUUAUGGGACCUACACCCACCCAGGGCCCAGACAGUCACACAGGGGGGGGACCCUUCUGGACCACUCACUUGGUUCUGAUUCAUUUCAUCGCUAUGCUUUUUCAGAGGCACCCCGUGUCAAACGGUCACUCGCAUCCACAUCUGCAGACAGGACCUUCCACCGGAGGUCACUCAGACAGACAGCAACACCACAGCCUGUGUUUGCAAAUGCAGCGUUUCAGCCAAGUGGUGAAUAUGGCUCUUGCUUGGAUCAUAACCAAACUAUUGUCAAACAGGAUAAAAACACCUUUUCCUGGUUGGCCCAGCUCAGGAGGGAUUGUCGGGGGCACCACAGACAGAAUUCAUACCCACCCUCGGUCAAUAGCGUGGAGGUGGACAUGGGGCGGCAGACGGAAGUAGAACUCCCCAUUCAGCAGAUGUAUGCAGAGAAUAUCAUAACAAUGAAGUCAGAGAACAAGCCCCCAGAGAUGACGUUGGAGAGGGCCGUGAACCUGUUGACCCAGGAUAAUGAGGAGAUGCUCAUCUGUGCAGCCAGCCACAUACAGAAUCAAUGUUUCAAGAGUGACAAUGCUAAAAAGAUGGUGUACUAUCUCCGUGGGAUUGGAAAGCUCCUGCACCUCCUGUGCAAUGACAAUGAGGAGGUGCAACAUGUUGCCGCUGGGGCUCUACGUAAUGUCGUUUACCAGAGUAGCGAAAACAAGAUGGAGGUAAAGGAAAAUGAUGGCCUGGCCACUAUUUUGCGUGCGCUGAAGAGCAGCCGUGAUGUGGAGACCAGACGACAACUUACUGGUCUUUUGUGGAAUCUUUCCUCUCAUGACCUUUUGAAGGAGCAUCUAUCCAAAGAAGUCUUAUCAGUCCUCACCAAGUUUGUCCUGGUACCAAGUUCUGGCCUUUCUGAAGGCGAGAACCCAAAAGACGAGCUCCUAGCUGAUGCUGAUGCUUUCCACAGUGCUACUGGCUGCCUGCGAAAUCUGAGCUCCACUGGUCCUGAUGGAAGGAAAGCAAUGAGGGAGUGUGAGAAUUUUAUUGACUCUCUGGUCUACUACAUCCGGGGAGCCGUAGCUGACAAGACAGAUGACAAGUCCACAGAGAACUGUGUCUGCAUCCUGCACAACCUGUCUUAUCAGAUAGAGGCAGAGCUUCCUAAGAGGUACACCUUAGAUCUCCGAGAAUCUCGACAACACUUGGCUCCUAAGCAAAAGGCUGUUGGCUGCUUUAAUUAUCGCAGUACCAAGAUCACUGAGCAUCUGGAGCAACAGUGCCCCCUGCUGGAGGAGAAGGCUAACCCCCGUGGCAUGGAGUGGUUGUGGAGCACCAUCACUAUCCGCAUGUACCUGUCACUGAUGGCCCGCAGUGUGCGUCAACAAACCCAGGAGGCUGCCAUCGGAGCCCUGCAGAACAUCACAGCCGGGAAAGGAGCGGUGUCUGAAGCCAUCGCCUUCACUAUUGUUCAACGGGAAAAUGGCCUUCAGCAUGUCAAAAAGAUGUUGGAAGAGGGAGAAACUAAUGUGAAGAGGAUGGGCAUAUCUCUAAUAGAAAACCUCUCGCACUACCAGAAACUGCACCCUGACAUUGUAAAGCAGGGGAUGCCAGAGUUGGUGAGGAUGCUACCCAACGACGACACCAGCACCGAACAGCCCACCGAGGUGACGGCUUCUCUGUGUCACACUCUGAUCAACCUGUGUCAGAGUGACUGGCAGCAUGUCAGAGCCAUCGUCAACCAGGGAGCCCUCCCAAAGAUAAUCAACAUCAGCAGCAAGGACAACGGUCAUGGACCAACCAGAGCGGGUCAGGCAGCAUGCAUCCUGCUGCACACCAUGUGGAAACACAGUGAUCUCCAUGGAGCCUACAAGAAGGGUGGGUACAGGAAAGUUGAUUUCAUUAAUGCCAGGACAACAAAGGCUGUGAACUCCGGACGAGGCUGAGCCGAAGAUCUAUAACUCAAGUUGCACCUGCUGACAAUAACGGCAACAAUCACUUGAUGCACUGCUCCUCCUUUUAAUGAAGCGCCUGUGUGUUUUUCAAUGCUGAAAACAUUGUGAACUGUGCCUACAUUUCACUUAAAGGUCCCAUGAAAUGGCUUUAAAAGUGUAUAUUUAUUUAGUUAGUGAUGCUGUUAGUGUUAGUUAUGGCUUAAGGACAAACAUGUAUUUUGGAUUAUAGGACACAGGAAAAGAGCAGAAUGUUAUAUUACAAAUAAUGGAUAACCGAACAAUAAACCAGCUUACACAAAAAGUACAUUACCAAAUAUUUUGAGUUAUGUUGACAUCUCUUUUGAUACAUCAGAUACUUCUGGCCACUGUCUUGGUGCCUCACGGUUAGAAAAACUGACAUAGAUGAAUGUAGAAACUUUAACUGAAAAAGCAACCACUCUCCAGCAAAAAUACUGAGGUUUGUUUACUGUAGCAGCAACUUAGCAGUUGAGAAAACUAACUGCGUGUUUUGUUUAUUUUUUAGUCAUUAAACAAAGAACCACAAUGAAAAUAUUCACACUAAAGAAAUUGUGGAGGAAAAAUCAAAUUAUACAAAUGUAUAUAAAAUACAUUUUUACAAUGAUUUCCUAUUGUAACAACAACAAGCUGAUUUCUUACUGCCUGA